CAGUGUCAAUUGGUUCGCCGCGGCGACUUGUUCUCUCAGUCGUCGACGUGUAAACCGGUCCCCGUUGAUUCGUAACGUUUUUCUCUUCGUCGUCGCUCCGUAACUGAUCGGCAACGGUACGUUCGUAUAUUCCCCGCUCGACCUUGUGUGUUUACCAUCUACAUCGAGACGGUUACGACGAUGAACACGUAGGAUCGAAGUCGAUCGGAAACAGGCAACUUCGAUACGAUUCGUUCGCGUCUGCCCGUCCAACGACGACGGGCAGCAGCCAAUCUCGUCCAUCACUGAGAAGUUUAUUAUUGUUGGUGGUCGCUAUCGAGAAGAGCUAUCACGAAACGCGUCUGUUGGUGACGAUUUCGUGCAGUGCAACCGUCGAGCGUGAGACUAACCGCCGAGAAACGUAAUUAAACGUUGCUUCUCGUCGAUUCUGUUCUCUGGUUCGGUUCGGUUCGGUCGCCGGUCGAAACGUCACGUGCUGGUGCCGGACGAGCGUCGUAUGCGAGGGCAGAUCAUACAGUGGACACAGGAGAACGCUGGGAUCGGAUACAUGUAACCGUGCUUCUGCACCGGUGAUCAACGCUUGUGAGACGUGACGUGUUACCGCGUCCCGACGACAUCGAGAAGAGGCUCUUACACGAUUGUGGCUCCCUGGAGAUCGGCGAGGAACGCCAGCGUCGGGUCGCUAUGAUGGAGUCCUUGUGCCAGGUGAACGGCACCAAGACCAAUGGCGGGAACGAGAACAACAGCAGCAACACCAACUCUAAUAACAACCCGGACUGUCCAGAUCCCCAGCAGAGGCUGGCGGUGCUCAGCUUCGAGCAGGUCCGUCGUCUGAACGAUGUGAUGAACGAGGUGGUCUGCAUCCACGGUAGAGGCAACUUCCCCACUCUGGAGGUGCGACUCAGGGACCUGGUGACCGUGGUUCGCAGCAAACUAGAGUCCGAUCCCAGCAACGGCGGUGCUGGAAUGAGGGUACGCGACAUACGUCUGAACGGAGGAGCCGCCUCUCACGUUCUCGCGACAGAGUCCCAACCGUACAACGAUCUGGAUCUGAUCUUCGCCGUGGAAUUGUCCAGCGGACGAAACUACGACAAGGUGAAGGCCGCGGUGCUGGGCUCCCUGUUCGACCUGUUGCCCGAAGGCGUCAGUCGCAAACGCAUCACCACCUGCAGCCUGAAGGAAGCCUAUGUAAGCAAGAUGGUGAAAGUGAACAACGACGGCGACAGGUGGUCGUUGAUCUCCCUAGGUAACUCCCGCGGUCACAGGAACGUCGAGUUGAAAUUCGUCGAUUCUAUGAGGCGGCAAUUCGAGUUCUCCGUGGACUCUUUUCAAAUAGUACUCGACUCCCUGUUGUUGUUCUACGAGUGCAGCAAGCUGCCCAUCGGCGAGAACUUCUAUCCCACCGUGGUCGGCGAGUCCGUCUACGGAGACUUCCAGGAAGCCCUUUAUCAUCUACACAAGAAACUGAUUUCGACGAGGCAUCCGGAGGAGAUACGCGGCGGCGGUCUGCUCAAGUACUGCAAUCUCCUCGUGAAGAUGUACAAACCCUCCCAACCCGACUACAUCAAGACCCUCGAGCGGUAUAUGUGCUCGAGAUUCUUCAUCGACUUUCCUGACAUCAGCCAACAACGCGCCAAGCUGGAAAACUACCUGUGGAACCACUUCGUGGGACCCGAAGAGGAGGCUCUGAAAUACCAAUACCUGCUGCUACUCCAUAACGUCGUGGAGGAGUCCACCGUGUGCCUGAUGGGCCACGAAAGACGACAGACGCUCGCGUUGAUCGACAGUCUAGCCUACCAGGUCCUCUACCAGGAACAGCAGCAACGGCUCACCAGCCAUCAACAAGCGCCACCUGGUCCCCCGGCCACCUACGUCUACGCGAACGGAUACUACUACACUCCCGUGAUACCCACCGCGUGUUACACGUGCACCUGUAACUCGUGGAUGGCGUGUUCGUCGUGAUGCGACCCAGACGCCAACGCCAUCGUCGCCGCUAGCGCAGCCAUCACCACCGCUACGACUACGACCACCCACGCCGAAAUCGCCAGCCCCAAGGGCAGACGUUCACGGCAACCACGCCAUCGUCUCCUCGAGGACGUAACGUCGACCUUGGCCGGCUGUCGACCUUGCGACGCGAUCCUCAGUUGACGCUCGGAGCGGUCCAGCGCUAAGCACACCCAGAGCGUGACGAGGCAGCUCGUCGUGACGGAAGAGAAACAAGCUUUUGAGUAACGGUGCGCGUGUUAUCAUCCGUUGUCGUCGUGGAUCGGUGACAGUGACCAGGGUCGAAAGGAAGACUGACCGCCGAGGGGAGAGAGACGGGAGGGGACGCGAUAUUCCCCCCGCCUAGGGCGUCCGUGGUCUCUUCUAUUUCCUCUCGGACGCGGUGGACGAACGCUCAGACGUCGCGGGGGAGGACCAAACGCGACGGUACCUUGCUACGGUCGCAGGGGAUGAUCAACUGAGAGACUACAAGACUCCAAGCGAAAACGAAUACAAAGUAACAAUUGUGUUGUGUGCCUAGCAUUCGAGAGACAGAAACGGGAACGCAUAUUAUAUCGUAGGCGGGGUAUUCGAAGCGGGGACCUUCUUCCUGGAUCGAUUUCUGACGAUACGAAUCAGAAAAUUCAUCGUUUCUCUCUCUAUGUCUUUGUUGACGAGAUAUUUUUCCACGAUCCUCGGCCGAUUACAUAAUAAACAGAAGUUAAGCUGCUUUUUAACCGAUAUCUCCAGCACCGAAGGUUUAGGUGGCGAAAGGACGGAGGAACCUUCGCGCUUAAAUUUCACAUCAGGAGUCGUUCGAUGGGAGAAGGUUCUAUAUUUUCGUCGAUACCCCGUGUACACACGUAGACGCGCGAAUAACGGGGAUCCUCCGGAGAAGACUCCGGUGGUUGUUCGCGGCGAGAGACUGCGCGCGCGUUUUUUCGGGGCACGCUGCUGCAUGCCCGGAGCUUACGGGAAACAGCGACGCCGCCAAGCGGUGGCGUCACUGUACCGCGAGUCUUUCCAAACGGAACGGAGGAUCCACGGGUUAGAAGAGGAACAACGGAGGACGGGAAGGAAACGGGCGACUCGAUGGAGCACGACUCGCGAGAGAAUCACGACUGAAAACUCACGGAAGCGUCUCACCGGGGCGCUCCGGUCGCCUCCCCUAACUUUCUUUUCCAGAAACAGAAAACAAAAAACGAAAAAAAAAAACGUAAAAAAAAGAUGAUAAACAAAUAAAUAAAAUAAAACAUGAGAACGUUUCGAGGACGCGUACCCCGAGUAAAUAGAUAAGACACGAAGGUAGUGGUGAAUCGCGGAUAGAUGAGAGAGAGAGAGAGAGAGAGAGAGAGAGAGAGAGAGAGAGAGAGAGAAAUAUGGAGAGAAAAAAAAAUCGAAAAAGAAAAAAAUGAAAACGAGACAAACAUUGAACGGGGCGUGGCGUUUGCAAACAAAAAUAUUAUAAAUAUAUAAAUAUAUAUUUAAAUAUAUAAAUACAUGUAUAAAAUCUAUGUAUAAAUAUUAAUGUGUGGCUGUGAACACAUUUCAUCUAGAUACUAUGUAACGUGAUAAGAUUGAAAUCGAGGACGAGCGGCGCGCGCGAUCGGUGCGACACGAAGAACGAGCUUCACGGGCGUGGAGAGGGUGGGAGUCGGUUUUACCCAUUCGUUUGUUUCUUUUGAUACCGGCGCAAACACACGGUUGAACAAACAAUAACAAGUAAACGAACGUCUACACGCGCGCCCACGCUCAGCCGGAAAGAGACGAAAGCCUAUCGCGCGAGCCUAACGACGAGACACGGAAACAGACAAUCUUCCCGGGCUUUUUCCAGGGUCCAUCGGAACGAAGAAAGAGACGAACCGGUCGAAGGACGCGACCCAGAGGAACCCGUGGACGCUUUCUCUGGCGACCCUAGAGCGAUCCUCGCGAGCCUAGUCUCCCGUGGCGGCAACGGCUUGCAUAACUUUCUUUAUUAGCUACCGUAAUUAUUUAAUACUACUGCGAGCGAGAGCUGCGCGCGCGCGCGCGCGCGUGUAGGUGCGCGCGUUACCGAUGAUAUCUUCGCGUGUAUCUGCGCGUGUAUAUGCUCCGUACACGCACAGAGCCACCUCAGCCACGGAUCUCCGCGCUCGCGCGCGUUUCUAUUGCCUACGCGCGCUGUUUUCGUGAGAGAGUAUGCGUCUUAGCGCCCACGUGUGUGUAUGUGUGUGUGUGUAUGCGUGUGUGCGGUACCAGCGUUCUUUAUAUGCGCGUGUCAGUAUCGACUGGUGACCCCGUUAGUUAGCUCAGUCAGUCACUUUGCUCGCUCGCUCGCUCAUCGGUUACUCUAGCCAGGCCUCGCUCGCUCGCUCGCUCGCUCACUCUUCCUUUCAGUUUGCCAGGCGAAAGUAAAGGCCUAAUAAAAAGCCAAGCAAACUGGUUUUUCUGGUAUAUCGCGUGUUAAUGCUAAGGAGAGCCAGGCCGACUGGCGUGCACCACGCCGUGCACCACCGUCCGCUUGUUCUCCGUUGCUCUACUACCACCACCUUCUUCACCCGCCACUACUUGUAAAACCUUCGGCCGCGUUGCGAUCGUCUCGCUUUUCGACUGUCACCAGCUGCGACACCCUCCACGACGACCGUCGUCGACGCUGGUCGUGGCUUCCCUCGGCUCUCACGGCUGAGCAUCCAAUCGAGCCAGCUCGAGAGACACGCGCCACGAGGACGACGGAAACCGCGACCAAGGCGAUGCUCCAGGGAUGUUUUGUAAUUUGGCCAGACGUUGAAGCGCGAUCGAAAGCUCGCAAACGAAGGAGGGUCGACGAUUUUGAUAGCUGCACGGGUUUGGUGGUCCAGUAGCCACGUUAAGAAUUUUCGUUUUUUUUAGGGAACUUUGCUAGAUCCUAAGAGUGCGAGUGCGUUAAGUGAUAUUCGACGUCGGAUGUGUGAGCUCUUGAAAGUUUGAGUGGUGAUCGGUGGAUGAAAGUGUGAAUUCAGUGUCGAAGAUAGCGUCCGAAGACUUGGAAGGUACUCUGGGACCUCAGCUAAUAAUUGAAAUCAAUUUUUCGGUGUUUGCUGAGUGUGGAUGAUCAAUAUCUGGAUGACCGGAGUCGGAUAUCCCGACUGUUAGAAGUUUGAGUAUCAUUGGUUAAAAACUUGCCUUGAAUUUUACAGAUAGUCCCUGAAGAUCUGUGGACUACUUUAAAACUUCAAUUGGAGAUUAGCUGGAGUGUGGAUGUUCAAUGUCAGAAUGAUUAGGGUCGGAUAUCCCCACUCUGAAAUACAUUUACAAGGAUACGUACAUAUACAAAGAUAGAUCUUUACGAUGAAUAUUCCUUGUUCUCUUGUUGGCUAGUCUCUAAAGGCUCUGAAAACAAUUCGAAUCUCCUGCUGGAGGUUUCUUAACGAUAGGAUCUUAAAUAUGCAUGUUAGAUAGAUGUCUCAGUCCGAGUUGGACAUCUCGAAUAAGAAAGUUUCCAGUAGCAUUGCUCGUAGAACAAACUUUUUCCUCGGUACAUUGGGUAGUCUUUAAUUGGACAGCUUCCAACUUCGGAACUACUUGAACUUCGCUUGAAAUUUCCUUAUCAUUAAGCUUUAAAAUUCUUCGCGACUAUUUGAUGGGAAACUCAACAUCAAGAUGAUACGGGUCGGAACUCUUAACCCUGGAAGUUUGAACGAUGAUGUCCAUUAAGUAAAAGUUUGCCUUGAUAGGUUGGAUAGUCCUCAUAAUUGGAUAACCUUACACAACUUUGAAGCUACUCGAAGACUUAGCUCUUUAACACUUUAGUUAGAAUCUUCAACGACGAGACGACUCGAGUCUCAACUGUAGAAACUUGAAUAUUAGUGAACGAAAGGUUGUCUUCUAUGUUAAAUCAAAUCGAAUAACGAUGGCAGUACUUGUAAACUUUAGCUAGACCUACUUUUUAAUCAAAUAUGAAUCGUCAACUUCACGAUGACUGAAAGCGUAAAUAAACUGUUAGUAUUUCAGCUUAGAAUCCUAUAUAAUGGUUAGAUAUUAAUCGUCAAUGUUAGAAUGAUUCUAGUUGAGACUUUUAGUGGAAUUGCUCUCUAACUGAUAAUAAAAUCAGGUCUGUUAAAUAACUCUUAGCCUCGGACGUCUCUCGAACUAUUUGACAUUUAUUCCAUCGAAGGAAGAUGGAUGAUAGACCCCUAGAGCUUUCGAACAACUCUCAAGCUACCUAGAAACUUCUUGGUGUACAUCAGGAUGACUCGAGUCGAAAAUAUCGACUCCAGAAUUGGAAAUAAUGAAAAGUUACACCAUUCAACUUGCAUUAGAAGAAGAGUUUUCAUUCGUCAAUUUUCUUCAUUGACAAACUCAGUGCUCUCGAGGAGUAGUUAUUUGAUUCAAACGUUAUCACAUUCUAAGACAUAGAACUCUGCACGUUCGUUAAAUGUAAUAUCUUCGUAGUAAAGUUGACUCGAGUCGUAGUCCUCAAGUUUAAGACUUCGGAUAAAAUUACAACGUUGGAUUCAGUCUGUGAUAAAAAGGAAACGAUCGAUUUCCUUCGAGUGCUUGCGGAUAACUGCUAAAGUAUCUCCAGCUGAAGUUUCAUUGGAAACUUCGACCCCAAACUUCAAUCCAAGCAGAUGCUCAAAGAAUGGGAUCACUCGAGUCUAAACUGACCACUUUAGAACGUCGAUAUUUGUAUGAUUCCUUUCGUUAACUGAGCAUGGCUCUUCUGACUUGAACGUUUGAAUGAUAGAGUUCGUUCUUAAAAAAUAACCGAAGCUGAAGGAUCGCAAUAUCGCCGGACUAGCAAAGUUCCCUAACGAUUCUGAGCGCGCGUAUCAAACUCGAAAUCGGUUAUAAAGACUCCUUUGGGAGCGCAAAAAGCAUUCGAAGACUGCAGAGAUUCUGUCAAAGUAUUCGUUUCAUGAUUCGAUCGAAGUAGACUGGAAAUAAAAACAGAAUCAUCGAGUCUCCCGUCGUUUCUUCGUCCAGUCUCGUCGAUGCUUCUUUAAUUCCUGAAAGCUUUAAGUAACGUCCUCGACAUCGAUCACCGUCACAAUCUGUCAGUUUCGAUCUAGAUUACCGAUCGUUUUAACCUAGGUGACAGGUUUACGUAUAUAUUAUAUAUAUAGAUACAUAGAUAUAUCAUCGUUGUAUAAAUUAAACGUGUGCGUGUAACCCUUUAACCGGGUACAUUCGAGAAGCUCGCGUCUUUUAUCGCAAACUUUUGUAUUUUUACCGAAAUCGUAUCGCGUCAAUAAAUAUUAUCGAUGAACCGCG